GCAGCAGAGGCAGUGGCGACGGGAGAGGCGGGAGCUGCGGGGCAGCAGAGCUGGAUUGGGGUGUUGAGUCCAGGCGGGGUGGGGGGCAGCUCAUUGCACUUGGUCCCUGUGCCUGCUGAGGGCGCCCUGCCCGGAGCUCUGGGCGGGGGAGACAGGGCGAGGUGCCACCUUAGUCUGGCUCGGGAGGCGUGAUGGGGCAGGCAUGCGGCCACUCCAUCCUCUGCAGGAGCCAGCAGUACCCGGCAGCGCGACCGGCUGAGCCGUUGGGGCUGAACCUCUUCCUCAGACCUGAUUCNNNGCCGCCGCCGCCGCAGCCAUGCGCCGACAGCCUGCAGGAUGCCUUGCUGAGCCUGGGCUCUGUCAUCGACAUUGCAGGCCUGCAACAGGCUGUCAAGGAGGCCCUGUCAGCUGUGCUCCCCAAAGUGGAGACUGUCUACACCUACUUGCUGGACAGGGAGUCCCGGCUGGUGUGUGAGGACCCCCCACAUGAGCUGCCCCAGGAGGGGAAAAUCCGAGAGGCUGUGUGCUCCCGGAAGCGGCUGGGCUGCAAUGGGCUGGGCCCCUCGGACCUGCCAGGGAAGCCCUUGGCCAGGCUGGUGGCUCCACUGGCUCCUGACACCCAAGUGCUGGUCAUACCGCUGGUGGACAAGGAGGCCGGGGCUGUGGCAGCUGUCAUCUUGGUGCACUGUGGCCAGCUGAGUGACAGUGAGGAGUGGAGCCUGCAGGCUGUGGAGAAGCACACCCUGGUGGCCCUGCGGAGGGUGCAGGCCCUGCAGCGGCGCGGGCCCAGCGAGGCUUCCAGAGCUUCCCAGAAGCCCCCAGAGGCGGCGGCGGAAGACCAGAAGGGGCCAGAAGGGGGCGCGUACACCGACCACGACCGAAAGAUCCUGCAGCUGUGCGGAGAACUCUACGACCUGGAUGCCUCUUCCCUGCAGCUCAAAGUCCUCCAAUAUCUGCAGCAGGAGACCCAGGCAUCCCACUGCUGCCUCCUGCUGGUGUCCGAGGACAAUCUCCAGCUCUCCUGUAAGGUUAUCGGAGAUAAAGUGCUGGGGGAAGAGAUCAGCUUUCCGUUGACAGGGUGCCUGGGCCAGGUGGUGGAAGACAAGAAGUCCAUCCAGCUGAAGGACCUCCCCUCCGAGGAUGUACAACAGCUGCAAAGUAUGUUGGGCUGUGAGCUGCGGGCCGUGCUCUGUGUCCCUGUCAUCAGCCGGGCCACUGACCAGGUGGUGGCCUUGGCCUGCGCCUUCAAUAAGCUCGAAGGAGACUUGUUCACGGACAAGGACGAGCAUGUGAUCCAGCACUGCUUCCACUACACCAGCACGGUGCUCACCAGCACGCUGGCCUUCCAGAAGGAGCAGAAGCUCAAGUGUGAGUGCCAGGCUCUUCUCCAAGUGGCAAAGAACCUCUUCACUCACCUGGAUGAUGUCUCUGUCCUGCUCCAGGAGAUCAUCACAGAGGCCAGAAACCUCAGCAAUGCGGAGAUCUGCUCCGUGUUCCUGCUGGAUCAGAACGAGCUGGUGGCCAAGGUGUUCGAUGGAGGCGUGGUGGAUGAUGAGAGCUACGAGAUCCGCAUCCCUGCCGACCAAGGCAUCGCAGGCCACGUGGCGACCACGGGCCAGAUCCUGAACAUCCCGGACGCAUAUGCCCACCCGCUUUUCUACCGCGGCGUGGACGACAGCACCGGCUUCCGCACACGAAACAUCCUCUGCUUCCCCAUCAAGAACGAGAACCAGGAGGUCAUCGGUGUGGCCGAGCUGGUGAAUAAGAUCAAUGGGCCGUGGUUCAGCAAGUUCGACGAGGACCUGGCGACGGCCUUCUCUAUCUACUGCGGCAUCAGCAUCCCCCAGUCUCUACUCUACAAGAAAGUGAAUGAGGCUCAGUACCGCAGCCACCUGGCCAACGAGAUGAUGAUGUACCACAUGAAGGUCUCUGAUGAUGAAUACACCAAACUCCUUCAUGAUGGGAUCCAGCCUGUGGCUGCCAUUGACUCCAACUUCGCCAGUUUCACCUAUACCCCUCGCUCUCUGCCCGAGGAUGACACAUCCAUGGCCGUCCUGAGCAUGCUGCAGGACAUGAAUUUCAUCAACAACUACAAAAUCGACUGCCCGACGCUGGCCCGGUUCUGUUUGAUGGUGAAGAAGGGGUAUCGGGAUCCCCCCUACCACAACUGGAUGCACGCCUUUUCUGUCUCCCACUUCUGUUUCCUGCUCUACAAGAACCUGGAGCUGGCCAACUACCUCGAGGACAUCGAGAUCUUUGCCUUGUUUAUUUCCUGCAUGUGUCACGACCUGGACCACAGAGGCACCAACAACUCUUUCCAGGUGGCCUCGAAAUCUGUGCUGGCUGCGCUCUACAGCUCCGAGGGCUCCGUCAUGGAGAGGCACCACUUUGCUCAGGCCAUUGCCAUCCUCAACACCCACGGCUGCAACAUCUUCGACCACUUCUCCCGGAAGGAUUAUCAGCGCAUGCUGGACCUGAUGCGGGACAUCAUCUUGGCCACAGACCUGGCCCACCACCUCCGCAUCUUCAAGGACCUCCAGAAGAUGGCUGAAGUGGGGUAUGACCGAACCAACAAGCAGCACCACAGGCUCCUCCUCUGCCUCCUGAUGACCUCUUGUGACCUUUCUGACCAGACCAAGGGCUGGAAGACCACGAGAAAGAUCGCAGAGCUGAUCUACAAAGAAUUCUUCUCCCAGGGAGACUUGGAGAAGGCCAUGGGCAACAGGCCUAUGGAGAUGAUGGACCGUGAGAAGGCCUAUAUCCCCGAGCUGCAGAUUAGCUUCAUGGAGCACAUCGCCAUGCCCAUCUACAAGCUGUUACAGGACCUGUUUCCCAAAGCGGCAGAGCUGUAUGAGCGCGUGGCCUCUAACCGUGAGCACUGGACCAAGGUGUCCCACAAGUUUACCAUCCGCGGCCUCCCAAGCAACAACUCGCUGGACUUCCUGGACGAGGAGUAUGAGGUGCCUGAUUUGGAUGGCACUAGGGCCCCCAUCAAUGGCUGCUGCAGCCUUGAUGCAGAGUGACCCUCUCCCCGGAUCCUUUCCUGCCCAGGCCUCCUCCCACAAUCCUCUACCAGUCUGGCCAGAUGCUUUGGGAACAGAGCCAUGAGUCCUGGGUUUUAGGCCAGGACUUUCUGUGUGACCCUGGGCAAGUACUGGCCUUUCUGGGCCUCAGCUUUCUUGUCUGUAUAUUGGAAACAAGACUUCAGGCCUCACCAAGACUUUGUACUUUGCCUUCUGAGAGCAUAGGGGGGUGGCCAGUGGGCAGUGGGCCCUGCUCUGCGCUGCUGAUGACACCUUGGCAAGUCAUCCCCAAACCACUCUUUCUUUGAGCUGCCUGAUGGUUUCUCCUGUGCCCCACUCCUGCCCCACUAGAUCUGUGCCCUUUUUGCCUGGAGGAUCCCACCCCCUGGGGUCUCCAGAAUUCUUGUGGGACCCCUCCCAUGAGGACAUCUGAGUGAGCAGAGGGCAGGAUCUUGGAAACAGUCAUUAGUUCUACCGGGGGACUAGAAACAGCCAUGGGGUGAAGGGGCCCCCUGAGGACCACCACUAUACUGAUAGGGGAGCUGGCGCCUGGGGGAUCCAGGGGCCCCAUGAGAAAGCUCCAGAGGGGCAGCUCAGUGCUUGGGAG